AUGUCUGGACUCGUCAACAAGGCAAAGGAGGUUCUCCACUCCGACAAGAAAGACAAUGCUGCCACUGACAAUCCUCGCUCCACCAACGCUGGGCCUCAUGGUAGCAACGCCAUGAAUGCGGCUGAUCCUCGUGUCGACUCUGACCGUGACAACAUCCGCAGCGGAGCUGGUGUUGGCCACACCGGUACUACCGGUGCAGGAUACGGUGCAGGUCACACUGGCACAACUGGUGCGGGUUACGGCUCAAGCACUACUGGUACCACCGGUGCUGGUUACGGCAACGACCCCCGUUCCACCAAUGCCGGACCUCAUAGCUCAAAUCUCAUGAACUCGGCCGACCCUCGUGUCGACUCUGAUCGUGAUGGAUCUCGCAACAUGGGAGCUGCUACCCACAGUGGCACCACGGGCGCUGGCUAUGGCGCAGGUCACACCGGCACUACUGGUGCAGGCUAUGGUGCAGGUCAUACUGGCACCACAGGUGCGGGCUACGGCUCAAGCACUACUGGUACCACCGGUGCUGGUUACGGCAACGACCCCCGUUCCACUAAUGCCGGACCUCACAGCUCCAACCUCAUGAAUUCGGCUGAUCCUCGAGUCGACUCUGACCGCGAUGGAUCUCGCAACAUGGGCGCUGCCAGCAACACUGGCUAUGGCAGCUCAACCGCUGGUACCCAUGGUACCCAUGGCACCACCGGUACACAUGGCGGCAUUGGAUCAACUGGCACCCAUGGCACUCACGGUGGCGUCGGUUCUACUGGUGUUGGAUCCACUGGCGUUGGUCACAGCACUCACGGUACUGGUGUUAGCGCUACACCCGGCAGUGGUAAUACCAACAAGACUGCUGGUCCUCACAACUCCGAUAUGCUGAACAAACUUGACCCUCGAGUUGACAGCGACAUGGAUGGUUCCAAGACCUAUGGCGGCAACCAGACUCAUCGUUAA